GCAGUGUUGCAGUUGCAAAGCGAUCUACUACAAGUCAAACAUGCUUGGCAGGAAGGUUUGUUUACUUCUUUUUGUAAAUGGGAUAUGUCUGAUUUCCUUGAACUGUGUUGGCUAAGUAUAUUAAUGGCUAUUUUACAAUUAUUAUUAUAUUUAUAUAUAUAUAUAUAUAUAUCAAUAAAUAAAAAGGAACAAACUUUUUAAACAAGAAAAAAAAAUACACUAGAAGAGAACAGUAAAGAAAUGGAAUUUUCUUUUCUUUCAAUUUCUUCUAUUUCUCUUCUUCUGCGUAGUUUGUAUAGGGAAUGGUAGUCAUUUGGAUUUUAACGACGAAAUUUGUCAAUGUAUAACACUACUUUCUAGUAGUUAGGUGAAGUUUUUCAAGAAAGAAAACCUAACGAUGUUAAUUGAAUAAUUGUAAAGUUGUUGGUUUAGCUAAAAUUAAUAUCUUAGAAACAUUUCUUCAUUUGACCUUUUCUUCUCUUUUCGAACCGUUCAAAUAAGAGGCUGAAAAUCUAAUUUGUUUAUCCAAACUAAAAACAUUUACGUCCCGAAAAGACCCAAAGGUAUAUAUUAACAAGAAAGAGAGGAUAUGAUUGGACGGCUAAUAUAAUAACUAUAGCAGCACAUUCUUAAUGAAACAUGGGAAAAAAAGAACAAAAACUGUUUCUAUUACAAUUCUUAGUUGGUCGUUUGUUAUAAAAAUUCAAAUAUUAUUUUUAUUAGUAAAGUUCACAAAGUGUAUGAAUAUUGAAAUAGUUUUUAUAUGAGAUAUCUAGUGUCUUACGAAUUGAUAUAGAAAAUUUUCCCUCGAUUUUUCCUCUCUUCCUCAGCACUCAAGAAGAGAAAAUGUAUAUCGAAUAAACCAUAAAUAUACUAAUAUAUACAUACUAAUAUGUAUUCAUAUAACUAAAUAUAAAACUAAAGACAGAACAAGCGAUAAAUUACGUUUUAUUUUGUCUUAGAAUGAUAUUCGCUCGAUUUGCACUUUUAAAGACCUUUCUAGGUGGAAAAAGAAGUGUAAUGGAAGCUAAAAAAAUCCCUAAUCUUACUAGUGCACUGAAAUGAUAACUGUAAAUGUUAAGAAAUUGAUUCUGAUUGUAUCCUAGUGUGAAAAAGAGCAAAAAUGUCACCCUACUUAGGAUUCUCUCUACGGAAAAAAAAUGCUAAUAGGAGUGGGAAGGGAGGGUGAAGAUGGAUAAAAUUCGUUUGCAAUUGUAUAUCUGGAAAUAUGUCAUUCGCCUAGAUGGUUGAUUUGAAUUCUAAUCAAUCGAGAAAAAAUCGUAAAAAGUACACUUUAAUCGACAAAAUGAGACGCUUUAUAAUAAUAGGCAACGAAAGCAGAGAGUGCAAGAGAGAGAGAGAGAGAGAGAGAGAGAGAGACAAGUCGGAAUAGCAGUAUUGGCAAGGAAAAUAUUUAAAUUUUGACUAAACUCAUCCAUUACUACGCCUCGAAAUUUGGUUCUAAUUAAUUUUAGCAACAUUUGAAUCAAUUUAGAGAAGAUAUCAAAGGGUUUUUUAUUUAUUUGCUAUACAGUUUUACGUGUGUUACCUAGGUGGUAUUACUACUCACACGUUUUAUCCGUUAUUUAGAAUUCAUAGUGGUUCCAGAUACAUAUCAGUCUAUACCGUUAUACUAAGAAGGGAUUAGCAAUGGUCCUGUUUAUUUAUUUAUUUUUUUAUUUGCUUCCUCUCUUUAUUUUUACCUCUGCGAUUACAACACUAGAACGAAGACUACAAAGUAGUUGACCUAGUUAAUCAAAGCUCACGUAUUAAUUUCUCUAUUGAUCUAUAAUUUCUUUAAAGUUAAAGUAAACAAUUAAAAAACAUUUACAGUUUAAUUAAGCAAGGAAAAUGUAUGUUUAAUUUACCUUUUUUGUUUUAUACGAAAGAAGAUUUUGGACUUAAACUAGGACAGAUUAAAGGAGAAAAAUUCGAGGUUGAAAAGUUUCCUAAGUAUGACCAACUGCUCUAUGUCUGCUGGUGAUAUAAAAGUGCUUAUAUUUUUAAAUAUGAGUUACUGGUGUAAAAACGGAACAAUUCAAGAACAGCCGAACAAUUGUGAUCUAAUUUAUGCUUAUGCCACCCCUAUUAUUUUUAUAAUAGGUCUGGUAGGUAAUUGCAUUUCUCUGAGGGUUUUUACCAGUCGAGUAAUGCGUCGUCUAUCGGCUAGUCAGUACGUUAUCGCUCUAUCAGCUUCUGAUCUCAUAGUUUUAAUCUUUUAUGUAUUGACGGAAUGGUUGGAUAAAGGCCUUAAAUAUAUUUCUGACUAUUCGUUCAAUUUAUACAAAUAUAAGGGAAUGUGCCAGGGACUUCGAUACAUCAGCUAUGCAUCAAGAUUUGUAUCCGUAUGGAUAAUAGCAUGUUUCACGAUAGAGAGAUAUAUUGCUGUUGCCCAUCCUCUGCAUAGGAAGCGUCUGUGCACGAAACGAGCAUCACGACGAGUAAUAUUAGGAGUUGUUGCGGCUGCUGCUGUCGUUAGCGUCUAUAAGCCGGCUGUUUCUCGAAUCUUUCACUAUACGGCGGGUAAGGAGCCUUCCUGUAUGAUCGUGAAAAGCUUAAGGAAAACGGAUAACAUUCUUGAUACAAUUUACGGACUGUGUAUCACGGCCAUACCAUAUCUUAUUGUAACAAUUUCAAAUUUACUUAUACUGAAACAAAUCAUUCAACUAAAGCGUUUAGGCAAUGUUGGAAGGGAGUCAAAGUUCAGAUUUGAGUUUACAGGCAUUCUAUUGGCGAUUUCAACUUGUUUCGUAUGCCUGAAUGCUCCGUAUUUCGGUGUCUGGUGCCAUGUACAAUAUAACGCUGAUUUAAUUAAUAAUCCAGGAAAGUUUGUCAAACACGAUCCUCUCGACGAACCCAACAGUCAGAUAAACUUGACGAAGACAAUCUAUAUAUGUAAUUUUUCAGUGAACUUUUUUCUUUAUUGCCUAACUGGAGAGCAUUUUAGAAAGCAACUAUACUAUCGUUGUUUUUGUCAGAAUUCCAGUAGUCAUACAAUAAGAACAGUUACGCUUAGAACAUAUAAGUCAAGGAAUUCCGAAUAUAGUGUUGAUAAACAAGGCAAUGAUACACCUCCCAGAAGUGAAACUUUGUCUAGAAGGCUAAUAUCAGGAUCAGGUGUACAAGACGUUGUUGUAUACAAGGCUAGUUACGCAUAAGUGUUGUUCCUGUUUGCUUACUGUUGUCUGAUUUAUGCAUAUUAUAUAUAUAUAUAUAUA